CUGGAGCCGCGGACCAAUGGCAGAGCUGCUGCAGAACCGUCCACAGAGCUGGUCAGUGCGGUAACAUCGCACGAGAAACCCUGACAUCGGCCGACAUGUCCCGGGGAGCCCAGUCUGACUCGGACACGGCGGACGAAGCGGUGAGAGGAACCUGCGACGAUGCUUCAAUCUGCAAGAGGUUUGCAGUAAGCGUUGGAUACUGGAAAGACCCUUAUAUCCAGUAUUUUGUCAGGCAAGCAAAGGAAAGAAAGGCACCAGAAAUUAACAGAGGGUACUAUGCUCGUGUGCAGGGGGUUCAUCAUCUGCUCAAAGCCUUCUUGAGGAAGACAGAGUGCAAAUGUCAGAUUAUCAACCUUGGGGCUGGACUGGACACAACAUUUUGGAAGCUGAAGGAUGAAAAUCUGCUCCCCACUAAGUAUUUUGAAGUGGACUUUCCCGCAAUAGUUGCAAGAAAGUUGUAUCAUAUUAAGUCCAAACCUCCGUUAUCAAAGCCAAUAAUGGAAACCCAUGGCUCAGAGUCGCUUUUAAUAGAUGCUCAUAGUCUGGAUUCUUCUCGUUAUUCAGUCAUCGGGGCAGAUCUAAGAAACCUGAAAGAUAUGGAAGAAAGGUUGAAGAAAUUCAGUAUGGACACACAGUUACCUACAGUUCUAGUUGCAGAAUGUGUCUUGGUCUACAUGACACCCGAGCAGUCUUCGCGCUUAUUGAAGUGGGCAGCAGACACAUUUCCGACAGCCAUGUUUAUCAACUACGAACAGGUGAACAUGGGAGACCGUUUUGGGCAGAUAAUGAUCGAGAACCUUCAGAGAAGACAGUGUCACCUGACUGGAGUGGAAGCCUGCCAGUCGCUGGAGUCUCAGAUGGAGAGAAUGCUGUCUAACGGUUGGGAAGCAGCGGAUGCCUGGAACAUGAACACAGUUUACAGCUGCCUCCCGCGGGUGGACUUAGAAAGAAUCGAAAAGCUUGAGUUUUUGGAUGAAAAGGAGUUACUGGAGCAGUUACUGAUACAUUACUGUAUUAGCUGGGCCAGUAAAGAUGCUCUAAGCUUGGGCUUGGCACAAACUACCUUUUGAAGAACUUGAAUAGCGAAGGCAGACAGACGUUGGCAGUGUGAAGUCUGAAAUUUCUGGAUCGAUUUUAUCCUGUUGCGCAGUGUGGCUAAAUCCGAGACCUUGUGGUUUCCUGCAACUCUUCCUACAGAUUGAUCCGAGAUGUGGUCUAAUCGAAUGGGUACACGGCAAUAUGUUGAUUGCUUGUAGCUGUGGUAAUUUAAAUAAAAAUUCAAGAACUUUUUUUU